GUAAAGAAGAAGUUUCUUUCGUCCUCUUUUCGUUUUCCUCCGUCGGAAAAUCCAUUUUUUUUUUUUUACAAUUAUCUCUUUCCCCCAAAAGUCCUCUCCGCCCCCUUCACGAUGGACAUGCUGUCGAAGCUGCUGCCGUUCAUGGACAAGCAUCUUGCCCUAGGUUUGCUGAACCACUACGCCCAGAACGGCGAGGACGUCGGCGAUGCCAUGAUGCAGCUCAUCCAGACCACCGGCCUCAACCCGGAUGGCACCAUCAAGUCGGAGGUGGAAGAACUGAUUCGCACGACCACCGCCACGGCGCAGCCGGCACUCACCGAGUUCUUCGACAAGUUCGAGGAUCAGAACUACACGUACCAGUUCAAACUGAUGGAGACGGAGAUUGCGGAGCGACGUACACAGGGCGAGCUGUCGCACGAGUUCCUGGCCGAGAAGAAGGGCAUCACGCACAGCGUCAUGACGGCCAUCUUCCAGCUGGCAUACUUGUACUACGAUACUGGUGCCUACGGCGACGCUUCCGAGCUGCUGGCGCUCUGCCAGUGCGUGAGCGGCUACGACUCGUUGCCCUCCGACAUGAUUCUCUGGGGCAAGCUGAUGAGCGAUAUUGGUGCCGUCAACUGGCAGUCCGCUAUGCGCAUCGCCGAGGAGAUCCGCCGCCUGCACAACGCGAGCGAAGACGACCUCUUCGGCGGGCCGAACACCACGACGGUCCGCGCGCGGGUGUGGCUGCUGCAUUGGGUGCUCUUCCCCUUCUUCAAGGGCGGUAUGCAGUACUCGCUGCAGCUGCUGUACUUCAUCUUUGACCGCCGCGACCGCGACCUGCCCUACCGAAAGGUGGUCGAGACGGUGUGCCCACACUACCUGCGCUACAUCUGCGCCGCCGUGCUACUCCACCGCUCGCGCGCCGGCAACUUCGCUAGCACGGCGGAGUUGGUAGAGUCCAUCUACGAGUACUCCGACUCGCUGACCCAGCUGGUGACGCUGAUCCAGAAGGCUUCCUUCGAGGACGCCAUAGCUCUGCUCCCGGAGGUGCGCCGCACCAUCAAGGAGGACUACUUCCUCGCCGACUACGAGGAGGACAUCAUCGAGAACGCGAAGCGACUCAUCUUCAGCAAGUACAUGUCGCUCCACUCUGUCGUCUCCAUCCCUUACGUGGCGGCUCAACUGGACAUGUCCAAGUCCGAUGCGGAGGUGUGGCUGGUCAACCUCAUCAGCGAAUCGUCGAAGCACCGCGCCAAGAUCGACUCCGUCAACGAGCAACUCAACGUGGAGCCGCAGACGCGCUCACUGGAGACUAUCAUUUACGAGAAGCUAGAGACUGCGCUGCGAUAA